AUGAAAUUCCUCAGCGCUGUAACUGGUGUGCUAGCUCUUUUGCAAGGCGCUGAUGCAGCGACUUGGAAGGAUUACAAGCCGCAGAGUCGCACGCCAAGUUCAUGUCCUGAUUAUGUCGACUAUUCGCAGAAACCGCACAAGCCGCUUUCUUCGGGCAAGUUGAAGCUGCCGUUUAUGAGACCGAGUGAAGAAUGCAGGACUUUCAAGAGCCCUGCCGUUGAGAAAGUCAUUAGCGACAUCAAGAAACGCGUCAAGAACCCCGAUCUGGCGCGUCUCUUUGAGAACACCUUCCCAUCGACGCUCGACACGACGGUCAAGUAUUUCGAUGCCAAGAAGAAUCUAGCUUUCAUUGUGACUGGUGACAUCACUGCACAAUGGCUACGCGACACGGGCAACCAGUUUGCCCAUUUGUAUAAGCUACUUCCCCAGGAUAAGAACUUGAAGGCCCUCGUCAAGGCUAUCAUCAACACCGAGGCGAGAUACAUCUCCGAAUACCCUUAUUGUGGUUCCUUCCAGCCUCCACCUGAGAGUGGUUUGAGCCCUUCGGUCAAUGACUACGCUACACUUGUAACCGUCAACCCACGAGUCGAUAACCAAACAGUAUUCGAGUGCAAGUACGAACUUGACUCUCUGGCUGGCUUCCUCAAGAUCGUGCGAUCAUACUAUGAUAAUACCAAAGAUGCUUCUUUCAUCAACGACAAUUUCAAAUCUGCGAUGAAGCAGAUCCUUCGAGUCAUCGAUGAGCAAUCUCAAAGCACCUGGGCCGAAAACUGGUCCUACGUUAGCUACUACAACUGGACUGGCCAAGCAGGAUCACUCUCACCGCCAGUACCCAACAGCGGAAACGGCGAGCCCAAGCUCGCCAAUGGUCUUGUUGCGUGCAGUCACCGUCCCUCAGACGACUUAUCCGUCUUCAAUUACAUCACCUCGGACAACGCCAUGAUGUCAGUCGAGCUCGAUAACGUUGCCGACGUAUUGGAUAAAGUUGGAGGUCAAAAGAGCCUUUCUGCAACGCUACGUGGUCACGCCAAGAUCAUUCGACAGGCAGUUUGGAACCAUACUCUCACUUCGAAUGGUAUUUUCGCUUAUGAGACUAAUGGAUAUGGCGGUCAGUACAUCAUGGAUGACGCCAACGUUCCGAGUCUUGUCUCCCUCCCGUACCUAGGCUUUCUCAAGCGUGACGAUCCGACAUACAAGAAAACCAAGUCUGCUCUGUUCUCGCGAGCAAAUCCAUACUACGCCGUUGGAAAGACAUUCAGUGGAAUUGGAGGACCGCACGCAAACGCUACUAAUCCAUGGCCUAUGGCACAUGUCUCGGCUAUCUAUGGAACAGAUGAUGACGAUGAGAUUACUGAGCGACUUAACAUGAUUUUGGAGAAUACUUCUGGUCUGGGACUGAUUCAUGAGAGUGUGAAUAUCUACAAUUCUUCUGUCUUUACACGACCGUGGUUUGCUUGGGCGAAUAGCUAUUUUGCGGAGAUGGUUCUGGAUUUGGCGGAGAGAAAGCCUGGGUUGAUCUUCAAGGAUGACAAGCCGUAUGUCGUAUAGAGCGAAUCGCCUAGAGAUGUGAUAGAAGACCCCUUUUGUAACCCGCAGAAACAGCGGUUCCUU